AUGGUGCCCGGAGCGGGUGGCGGUGGAGCAGCUGACAGAGGACGGGCUGCGCGACGCACCAAAUGGAUGUGCAAGUGGUGCGUGGGCCCGAACAAGCAGAAGUACGUCAACUUCGCGGACCGCCUCACGUGCCGCUCCUGCCACAUGCCCAAGUCGGUGGCCUUCUGCGGCAAGGUCGUGGACGGCCAGCCCUCGAAACACGCCUCUGGCGGCAACGGGGGCGGCAGCGGAGGAGGAGGGAAGGGCACAGGAGAUGGGAUGGCCGCCAAGAUCGCGGCCCUCCAAAAGGAGCUGGCUGAGGGGCACGCUGAGGAGCAGGUCCGGGUCAAGCGCCUGGCGCUCCUGGACCAACGCCUUCGUACCAUGGAGGCGCUGGAUGACGAUGACGACGACGCCAAGAAGCUCUGCCAGAAGUACAAGACCGAGCGGGGGCGGCUGCGCCAGGAGCAGAUCAACGCCAAGCCGCUCAGGGUCCGCCUCCGCACGGCAGGCGACAAGGAGGCCAAGCUGGAGAGCAGCAUCGCGAAGGCUAAGGGCCACAUUGAGGAGCUGCGCAGCCAGGCCCAGCAGUUGCUCGACGAGGCCACCAAGCAGGAGAAGGCUGUGGAGGACCAGUCUCGCGAGCUGGUGGAGCUCCAGCUGCAGCGGCGCCGACUCCUGGAGGCGGCUCCUGGGCCGCCCGAGGCGCCUGCUGACAGACGCGCCCCCAGCGUCGAGGAGUCCACCAGGCAGCUGGAGGCCCUCAUGCAGGCUUUGGGGGUCGACGGCACGUUGCGCGCGCAGGCGCAGCAGAUGGAGCUCCCAGUCCCUAUGGGGGACGACGGCCUGGACUUGGAUGCGCAAGGUCUGGAGGAGCUUCGCGCCUUCCUGGAAAAGUCGGGCCACGCCGUGCCACAAGCGGAGGAGGAGGUCCGAGCGGCAGCCAAGCGGGCCAUGGAGGUUGCUUUGGAGACCGCCCGCGAGUUCAAGAGGCCGCGCCCUGCGCCUCCGGCCGCGGGCCGAGCGGUGGCGGCGCACGUGCACACGGCGCACAAGGGCGGGUUUAUCUGCGUGGCAGUCUACCUGCGCACGCUCGAGGGCCUCUCCCCGGAGAACUUGGGAAUCCUCUGGAAGGUGACCAAGUACCUCAAGGCGGUCAAUGACAUGGGGCUCGACUGGGUGGUGCUGGGUGACUUCCAGAUGGCCCCGGAGGUGCUGCUCGGGCAGGGGUGGUUACGCCUCGUCGGAGGCCAAUGCAUCGCGCCCACGGCUGCCACGUGCCACGUCGCCAAGCCAGGGUCGACCAUCGACUUCUUCUUGGUUUCACGCCACCUCGUGCCCAGGCUCCCUGACCUUCCAGAUGUGGACAACUCCACCAAGCUGUGGCCACACGCGCCGGUGACAUUGGCCCUGCGACAUCCGCAGCUCCAGCAGGAGGCGUGGGUUCGACAGCUGGUUCAGCCCAGGCAGCUGCCAGUGGUGCCCCCGGUGGGGUGCGCGCGAUUUCCGUGGGCCUCCUGGACAGAGGUCCUCCGGUCGGUGGCGCAUGCGGAAGCGGCUGACCAGCUGGCGGUAGCAUGGGACCUGGUGCUGCGUGGCAUCACCCACGAGCUCCUGGACAGGCACGACAUCGUGGAUCCGCGAGAACAGACUCCCUAUCACCAGUGGGAGGGCCCGCCACAGUACCAGUGGCACAAGCUGCAGUGGGAGCCACGACGACGACGGCCGCGGCAUGGGGCCAAGGUCACAGCUUGGGUUACUGCUGCCCGCUGGUCCAAUCACCUGGCCGCGGUCCACAAGUACCUGAUGACAACUACGCAGCGGCUGCAGGCACUCUCCGAGCCCAGCGCCAGCUCGCAGUGCCAGGGCCCUCAGACCGCGCAUGCCCCAGCGCAUAGGACGAAGCAGCUGGCCUUGCAGGAGAAGCUGCUCAAGGGCUUGGCCACUGCGUUGUACCAGCUCGACGGCUACGUAAGCAAGAUCCGGCAGUCCACCGCGGUCCUCCGCCAGCUCGACGACAACUAUCGACAGUUCCUCGAGCUGGGGCUGGACAUGUUCGCACAGCCCGGUUGCCACACCCUCUGGGAGGAGAUCGGUGCACGCGGCGCCCAGCAGCAGAAGGCAGCGGAACUCCAGUCCCAGAAGUCGCGGCAGUCCUGGGCUAAGGAUGCGUUUCUGGGCGGGGCAGGCCUCGCGCAUCGCACCAGCAAGGUGCGAGCGCAGGAGGAGGUCGCCCCCAAUGCCGGCCUGGCGGGGCAACCCUUCGAGGUCGCCGACGCGGAGAUGGCAAAGUGGCAGGAAAUCUGGGACACCAACCAGUUGGCCCCUCUCGAGCGCCCCACGCAGUACGAUGCCUGGGAGCCGCUGCCCGCCAUCACCGUGGAGCACCUCCGCGGCGCAAUUCGCAGCUUCAAGGCGAGCACGGCCCGCGGGCCUUCGAGGCUGGCGCCCCGGUCGCUGGGCCAGCUCUCGGACGAGGCCCUUGUCGUCUUGGGCAUCCUCUUCGAACGCUGCGAGGCCCUGGGUGUCUGGCCUGAGCGACGCUUGGUGUGUGAGCUUGUCAGGUUGCCCAAAGACGGAGGUGGCGCCAGGGCGGCUCAACAGGAUGCUUGCACCAUCUUGCGAUCGCUAGUGGACGAUGUGACGUUGCAGUGGACAGGGCAGCCAGGCCCGGGCGUCCGCGCCCUGGCCCGGACCACGGCGAGUUUCCUCAAGGACUUGGAGGCCCUUCACCUCCACGUGCAGCAGUCCAAGUUGGGCUUCGUGGCCACCGAGCGCAAGGUUGCGCAGAUCUUCCGAGGAGCGACGCGGGCACUCCGCAUCCCCAGGAAGGCGUGGGCUCGCAACCUCGGCCAUGAGGUAUUCGGCACCCGCCCCCUCCGCACGCAGGAGCGGAGGCGACUGCGGGCCCUCCACGCGCGCAGGCGGCGGCUCGCCAUGCUGCGCCAGGCUGCUGGGCGGCGUGCGGCGCGUCUCCAGACCACUGGGCUUACCCCUGCUGUGGGGCAUGGCGCUGGCGUCAGCGGCGUCGCCGAGGGCAGGCUGAAGGUGCUCCGCACGGCGGCGGGCGCGCUGGCAGGGCAUCGCCCGUUCUCCAGUCUCACCGGCACGCUGAUGACGCAGACUUCGGCCAGAUACGACCCCUUGUUCGCCAUCACCACGGAGCUCGUGGUCCGAUAUGCAGGCUGGUGGUGGGAGGGCCGGGCCAGCGCAUCCGAUAUGCAGUGCGCUUGGAGCCGCGCCCACGCCGAGUUGCAGCAGGACCCCUCCUGGGCGCGCGUGCGGGGGCCCAUUGCCGCGGUGUACCUGACCCUCCAGCGGAUCAACUGGACGAUGCAGGCUGCGCACUUGCUCGUCGACGACAUAGGUUGCUCGUUCUCCCUCCUGGACACGGCCCCGAGGGACAUCCAAGAUGCCCUCCGCCAGAGCAUCCAACGCUGGCAGCGCGGGCAGCUGACCCAGACCCUGCCAGAGGCGAACGGUGAGCUGCUCAGGCCGCGGGUUAUCGACGCGUGCCUCCGGGGCCCGCGCGGGGUCAAGGGGCCGAAGGCACAGGGCGCUCUGCAGUGCCUCUGGGCAGGAGGUAUGUGGCCGCGGGCCCGGAAGUUUGCCUUUGGCCUGGCGCCCACGUGCAUCUGCCAGGCGCGCGGGCAAUGUCCUGAAACACUUGGCCAUCGCUGGUACGCUUGUUGUGGCCUGGAGCGCACCGUCGACGAGGAGGAGGAGGCUAUCCCCGAGAAGUUGGCGGCUAUUCGCGCCAGCGUAAUCAAGCACGCGGGCACGGGGCUGAGCCAGGACCACUGGGACUCGCUGCCGCUGGCGCACGGCCUCCCCAUCUUGCCUCGCGCCGACGAGCUGCCUGCGAUGCCUCGCGGCGGCACGUCUUUCGAGUGCAUCUACAAGGACGGCUCGGCCUGGGCUAACGAUGUCGAGGAGGUGCGGCAAUGCGGGUGGGCGAUCGUGUGCAUCGACGCCCAGGGCUGGCCCGUGCGGGCCCGUUUCGGGAGCCUUCCGGGGCGGUGGCAGACCACGGGACGGGCAGAGCGGCACGCUGGCCUGCAAGCUCUGCGCGCCAAUCCCAACCUCACCUUGCUCGUCACUGACUUGCAGGGCUUCGCCGAUGAGGGCAACGCGUGGGACCCCCAGGCCGCGGGCUCCAGCGGCCGUCAUGCUAAGCUUUGGAGGGAUAUCUUCAACGUGGUCCAGGCUCGAAGGCCGCCUGCCUUUCUCUGGUGCCCUGCGCGCAAGACGGUGGAGGAUCUGAUGGGGCGCGCCGACAUCGACCCGAUGCACUGGAUACGCAAUCGUUGGGCCGAUUGGUUCGCGCAGCUGGGCGUCAGCUCGGUCGCCAUCUCCCCGGACUUCGCAAAGACGCUCCAGCGCCGCAUGGAAGACGCGAUCAACAUGGCGAAGUUCAUGGCUUGGGGAGUCUGCCGCAUUUCUGAGACCCAGGCGUGGGAACCUCAGGAGCACGAGCCGAAGCUGCCGCCUCGUGUCAAGGCGGCCCGAACUCCGCAAAUUAUCAUCAUCCAACACGACUACGUGGAGGAGAACGGCACCAUCCGCUGCAUGCGGUGCAAUUGCACGGCAGCGACCUACGAGAGCAAACGCCGGCUCGACUGCCAGCCCUGCAGGGCCACGGCGCUCUCCCGGUUGCAGGCGGCUGCAGCAAGCAGGGUCAGCGGGAGCACGACGCCCUCUCAUUGUUUCGGCGACCAGGCCGAGGGCGAUGACCAGCGAGAGGCCCAGCAGCGCAAGGUGAAGUACCUAUUGGAGGCCGCUCAGGGACCUGGCAUGGCGCCCACGGUGGACGCCCCCGCUCCGCUGUCGGGCGGGGGUGACGGGUGGCUCGCGCCGGGUACGCUCGCCCUGGAGGCGCCGCCGCAGGAUGUUGCCCAGGCCAGUGCCGGGCUGAUUGAGGAGCUUGCGGACGACGAGCUGAUGCUCGUGGAGGCGGCAGGCCCCGUAACGGUCUGGACGUCCGGACUGGUGCCUGCAGAGGCGGAGCCCGAGGCGCUCCCCGAGGCGGAGCAGGCUAUGGCGUCCGCGGCGCGCCCCCGUGCAGCGCCGGCUGGAGGUGAUGCUGAUGGCGUGGCUGGCAGGGGCAACGCCAGCCGGGGAGACGAUGAUGCUGCAGACGUCAGCGCCGGCCGCGGCAUGGAGGUGCCAGCACUGGCCGGGGCGCUGGCUGCCGGGGCCGCCGUGGCUGCGGCUGGGCAGGCGUCGGCUGCCGCUGCUCCGCCAGCAGCGGCUAGGCCGCGUCGCGUCGGCAGGAAAAGGGCACCAGAUGAUGCUGACGGAGCUGCUGGAAAGCCCCCAAGCCAGCGGGCCAAGGUGCGAGGCGACGCCGCCGCCUCCCGGGAGCUCCCGCGCCUCAGAGGAGCGGCCGCGGCGCACCAGCCUGGGGAGCUGCCGGCCGAGGAUGGCGCUGACGAGAGCGAGAG